AUGGUGUCCGCACCCCCUGGCGUGUGACAGCCCCGCUCGCCGCCGAUCCUUGGGCCUGAGGCAGCCACAGCACCGAGGAGACCAUGGAGCUUGGCAUAGCGGGGGUGCAGCACCGUGCCUGAGGGCGGGCCGGGCCGGUAGCGCCAUGGAUAGCCGGUGCUAUGGGUGCGCGUCCAAGUUCUCUGUCUUCAAGAAAGAGUGUGGCUGCAAGAACUGUGGACGGUCCUUCUGCUCGGGCUGCCGGAGCUUCACUGCUGUUGUUCCCCGCUGUGGAAACACUCAACAGAAGGUGUGCAAGCAGUGCCAUGGAAUACUAACUGGAGAAGGAUCUCAAAGCAGUUCAGCAAAAUGGUCACCACCAGAAAACUACAAAAAGCGUGUAGCAGCUUUUGAGGCUAAACAAAACCAGCUGAAAGACCAACAGAAGGCAGCUGCAAAACCCCCAGGUCAAGCAGGCUGCAGAUACCAGGGGCUCUCAAAAGAGGAUAGAGCUAUUGCAGAGAGACUGGAGAGGCUCAGGGAGGAAAGGAAACCAAAGUCCAUCCCCACUCAGGCUGAGAUCGAAGCUAGGCUGGCAGCCCUGAAGGACGAUGGCCGAGGACCUGUUCCAUCCACACAGGAAAUGGAGGACCGGUUGGCUGUCCUGCAGGGGAGAGAUCCUCCUUCCCAAGCUCCCAGACCUGUACACCAACCUCCUGAUACCCGAAGUCUGGUCCAGCAGACAGAUGACCUGUUAACUCAACUGUCAGAGGAGGUUGCCAUUGAUGAGCAUCACAGACCAAGAGUUCAGCCUCAAGCUGUUAGUAGCCAAAGUUUGAAUGAUCUCAAUCGGGAAAGUGAAGAUAGUGUUUGCCCUGCAAAUCUGGACCCAAAACAGCUAGAGGAGGAGAAGAAUAAACUUCUGGCAGAAGCUGCUGCUGAGCUGAGGGAAGAGAAUACUAGGCAGGAAAAGAUCCUACAGGUUGCCAAGAGACUGGCAGCGCUCAAAGGCGAGGAUCCAGAGAAAGUUACACUGGAAACCUAUAAGCUCCCUGACAGUGAUGAGGAAGUGGCUGAGGAAGAGGCCAUUCGCAGAGUGCUGAAACAGCUCACAGAGGAAGCAGCCCUGGAUGAAGCAAGUGGAUUCAACAUUCCCCCAGAUCAGACUACCCCACCAGGACCCUCACAGCAGAACCUGUGUAAGAAAGCAAAGCAAAAGAGCCACACUUCAGCCACCACAGCUCUUGCAAGGGCAGAUGAUAGUGAUGAGGAUGAGUUACCCUGGUGCUGCAUCUGCAACGAAGAUGCCACUUUGCGCUGCCAUGGCUGUGACGGAGACCUCUAUUGCCAGCGCUGUUUUUGGGAAGGCCAUGAGGAGUUUGACCUGAAGGACCACCACACCUCCCGCUAUCAUCUUCCUUGCAAACAGAAGUGAUCACACUCUUCAUAGGCAGAAAAGGAGCUGGAGAAUGGGAAAACAGAGGAGCCGGCCAGAUGGAAGAAUCCACGUGGGUUUGCAGCCAAAACGGGUGAUGUUUUGGACAGUUAAAGGAUGUGCUGUAAUCUGAGAGAGGCUUGGAGGGCAUGUGACUGUCUUCACAAAUACACCUGAGAAGUGCAGGGUUUGCUGGGCAUGCUUGGGGAUAAAUGAGGACUUGAUAUGAGGAGGUGGAUAUAAGUCCAUAAAUACAGAUGGUAAAGCCAUGUGGGUAGCAGUAAAGAUGUGUGUUUAAGGCAAUACUGACUGGCUGAUAAAUCUUCCUGCUUUUACUAACAGCUUGUACACUUGGUUCAACAGGCAGCAAAGCACUUUGCACUGAGAAAAAUGUCUGCAUUGUGAUCACAUGUGUGAUGAGAACUUUCAAAGCAUAAUAAAAAUUAUUUAUUAUAGAGGCCUCUGGUUAAAGUCUCUCCUGAAAAUGCCUGAUAGCCCUUAACUAAGUGUUGUUUUCUUAUUAUGGUAUGGUAGUCCUAGUGUCAAUUGGCUUAGGGAAAGAAAUGAAGAAUAGUGAAGUCAUCAAAAACGUUUUUGUGGCGUAUCUGGAAAAGAUGCAGGGCAGUGUUGCUCACUGACUUGAAAGGAAAGAUCCUUUCAAAAGGUUAUCUGCUACUGAUCCAGUGUUGUGGCCUGCAGUGGCUGUGCCAAGGUCAUGUCAUCCGUAAGAGCAACAUGUUAGUCUGAAAGAGUUGGGUGUUAGUCUGAAAGCAGGAUUUGACUUCAUGUAUUAUUUGGUCCCUGGUAGGAUAAAGAUGUUACCUGUGUGAUGCUCUUCAUCUGGUUAUGAGAGAAGUUCAGUUGCAUAUGUCCAUAUCCCUCCUGGGAUAUCCAGAUGCAAGUGGCACUUGCCAGUGCCCAGAACACCCAGAAUUGCUUCAAAUACCCAACUAAAUUGGCUGUACACAUGCUCUAUUAUUCCAUCAAGAUGGGCUUUUUCCAAAUAAUGUGAUUUCUAAGAGAGCUCUCUAAGGCUGACAAAUUCCAAUUGCAACAAAAUAAAGGAUUUGCCCUUGACAGGGAAUUUCCAAUGAAUCUUGCCUAUCUGGUUUGACACUGCCACUCCCAGCUGUCUGCCUUGCCCCCGUGCUUAAGGUCAGUGCCUCCGAGGUGAAGUGAUGAAAUGGUGUUUGCCUGCACCUCUGGUCAGAGGACAACAAAUGAAUUAAACCACUCUUGAAGGUGGGUUUCUGCUAACGUGCUGCUCUGGAUCAGUCUCUUUACCAGCAGCCUGAUUCAAACAAUGCAGAAUAGUAAUACUUUAGGUUAACACACCUAAAAAUGACAAGCGUAUCCAGUAAUGCCAUCAAAACAUUUUCUUAGGAAGGAGUGGAAAAACCUGAUUUCUGUGGAGAAUCUUCUUUGUCCUGGCAGCCCUUGCUUCACCAGUGCCUGUCUCCUUGGGACAGGUAGAUGGGAAAACUACUUGAAUUGUUCUGAUGCAAGAGCUCACAAUUAACCCUGUAUUAGACAAAAUUUAAGUUACAUCUGUGAGGAACUUGCGGUCUUAAAAGUCAAAACAAAAUGCUCUUCUUUAUUUAUGUUACCAUAGGAGUGACACUUUUUCAUUGCUAUUUCAUGUGGAUAAUUAGUCUGAUAGUAAGGCAGCCCAAUUCUGUCUGAGGCUAAAUCCUUUCAUGUUUUACAUAUGCAGGGGAAGGUGCAACUAUCUGUUCUUAUUUCUUUCCUGAAUUGAUCCACUGCUUUGGGCUUCAGCCUGUGUCUUCUCCAAGCAGUUAGUAGUAAUUUUGUUUCUUGAUUUACAGAUGCUGAUUUUUUCAAUAUCUUAGUAUGAGCUGGUAUGAUACUUGCAACAUUUUGAAUGUUUCAUCAGCAACAAGAAAACUUUGAGCUCCCUUGCAGUUAGGCAGCCUCUGUCUAAUAUGCCCUGCCCUGCUCACAUCAGUAGUAAUGAAGCAGGUUGCAGCUGGAAGCAGUUUAUUUAGAUUCCCAGGUUGGUUUCUGUGGGGCCAUCCCAAGGAAUCCAGAAAUGCACCCAACCCAUUACCUGAAAUAGAACUUAGUCAUACAUGGAAGAGUCUCUUCAAUCAUACAGACACACACUGCUGCUUUCCCUGCACCACUAAUGGACAUUUUUGUGGCUGCUGCACUUUCUGCAUGUAAUGGGCCAUUUCAGUAGUAGCCCAGUCACUUUCCCCUGAAAAGCCGUUCCCACUGUAGCUGUUGCCUCAGUGAACUCCGUACAGGAGGGGCAGGGGGGUAUCCAUAUGGGCAGGAAGCACGCCUAGCUGAAUCUGUUGUGAAAGAGGAAUGCUGCAUGACCUUUAAGUGGGCAGUGCACUGUUAGCUGUGUCACUUACUCCAUAUCCUUGUGUUUGAAAAGGUGCUGGUAAACAAAGAUACUGGUAACCAAUCAAUUCCUGACAGGCCAGAUCAAGAUUCAGUCAUAGAUGUUCAAGAACAGAAGACAGCUUGGCACCUUCCAGAAAGAGAUUCAACUUGUUUGCUCUUGUCUUUGUAACAAGUCAUGAGGGAAAAUGAGGUUUUCUUUCCCCCUCAAAAUGUUUUGUAUGUGAAUUAUCAAAUGCAGGCUCCACUCCAACAAGAAUUCAAAUUAGAAAAGCUCUAUGAAGCUAUGAACUUUCAUAGAUUGAAUUAUCUUGGUAUAAUCAAGAGGGCAAAGUUCCUUUCAAGCAACAUUCUUAGAUAGUAUCUACAUACUUACGCUAGUGGUGGUGCUGAGAAACAGCAAAGUUAACUGAAAGAUGUUUGUAAAGAAAUUUUUCAAGCAUUGAUUUUAAUCUAUCCUUGUGGUCUAGUGUGAGAACAGCCAAAAUGUAUAUCAAACCAAGUAUGGUUUACUACUGUUUAAGAAUGAAACAAAAAAGAAGUUACUCCAAUUACCUUAUGUUGAUUUUUCUUUUGCACCAGUGAGCUGAGAAAUCAUCUACCCCUGGCCACAUGUUGCCUUGCUCCCCUGAUCUCACUUGCUCACGUGCUCAGUUGAAAUGCUCUCAGGUAUCAUUAUGUAUCAGAAUUCCUUAUGGAUCAGAACCAAUUGCAUGUGAUAGGGUCUGCAGCUUACUCCUUUCCUGCUACUUGCAGAAUAAGAAUAAAGACAACUUUGGUCAAGCAGAGUUGUCAGAACCUGCUUUGUCUUUGAUUCUAACAAUAUCUACCUUAAAGUACAGACAAAAAUUCUUUUUGCAUCACUCCAUAUUGAGGAAAUACAGAACAGUGCCCAGGGGGGAGAAACUAUUUCUCUUGGGCCAGAGGAGAGGCAUGUCAUGUCUUUGUGCUGCUGCAGCUCAGCAGAAUAAAACAAAGCCUGUUGGUGGUGUAUGUAAGUAAUCUGAAUGUCUAUACUACCGUGCUGUAGCUAUUUGCAUCUCUAGUUUAGGACAAUCUCCUCAUGUCCUGUCCACCGAGCUCUUCCACCUGAACUUCUCUUUGAGCCUACUCUUUUUUUACCAAUGCUCAGAGCUUUUUGUCAGUAUGCUGCUCUCCUUUCUCAAGGGGUGUGUUGACAUGAGUCAAGACAUGAGUCUUAGCACGUGUCAUCCAUAAGCAGUGCCAGAUCUGCAACCAUUGCAGCUCUGGACUUAAUUUUUUUGUUGUUAUUUUACUUAAAAAGUUGAGAUUUCAUGAGGGUAGGCGUGUCCCACUACCCCCUUUUUAAAAGCAUGCCAAAAUUGGCAUGUUCCCAGGGCUACCAAAGAUACAUAUUGGACCUGAUAAAGAAAGACCAUAUUUCCAUCCUAGUGGAACAUCUUGGAAAGCCUUAGAACAAGACAUGAGGUCCAUGGCUUGCCAAAUUUCAGUCAGAUACAAGAGCAGCAUGUGGAAUGAAGCAGGCCCUUACAUCACAGUUGUUACUGCAGUUUGGAUUUUGUCCUCUCAGAGGACAAACCCACAGUUUGUUCACUGACACCUGGAAAAUAGGAGGAAAGAACAAAAUAAUAGUCAUCACUCUGCUACUGAUAAAGAUGGAAAGACUAAGGCAUUUAAGAUAUUACCAGUCCAGCCCAGCCCAAGAAUCCUCGUUUGUCUUUGUUAGCUAACCUGCACAUCCCUCUGGUUCCAUAGUUGGUCCUUUCUGCCUUGGCUCACCAAACAAACAAAAGUUGUACUCAAAAGCUGGCCUUGAAUAUUCUGCUCUGUAGGAGCUCCUCUGGAUAUGAGUCAGACUCAUCCCUUGUGUUUGCAUGGCAGGCAUCAGCAUAGAGACAGGGCAUAAUGUGAGAGUGCUCUGCCUAAGCCAUCAGCCUCUGUUUGCUGUCUUAUUUCCUAGUCACAUGUGUCAAGUUACUGACUUGCUAAGAGGCUGGAUGUAGUUUCCUCUGUAUUUUUCCAGGCAAACAUUAGUUGUAGCCAGAAGAGUUUGUGCAGCAAGGUACUGUGCCCUACUUCACUGCUCGUUUGUGAGACCUACCUGUCUGCAAAAGACUCACUCUGAGAUGCUCCCUGAAGAAAAGUUGGGAGCAGGUAUUUUUUUACUUCAGGUUUUUCUUUAGUAUCUAAAGAGAGAGCAAAAAUAAGCAGUGCAUGGCUGGUUUUCUCUGUUUUAAUAUAAAAUAAGUAUUUUUCCAACAUCUUUUUAAACUAGGAGAAAAAUCAUUCCCAGACCUUGUUCCUUUAGAAAGGCUUCUAAGUCUUAAGUCUUAAAUUCCACAAAAAGGAAAAAAAAUUAGUCAUUAGCCUUAGCAGCUGUUUCACAAACUUCCCCUUAAGUAGACCAGGUGCACUCAAAAAUUUUCCUUCCAUCCUAUCAUAUGCUUUCUGUCCAACCUUCAUAAAUAACAGAGGCUUAAUAAGACUUACAAAGUACUUGCAAUGCUGUGGAGUCAGGUACAGCAGUAACAGGCAGGACAUCACAGUUGGGUCCAAGCCAGACUGAAAUGAGGUGCAGCUUAACAGUGGCUGAUUUUCCAUGUUGAUGAAUGAGUGAUAACCAAUGCCUUGUUUUCCUUGCAGUGGGUGAAAAAAAGAAGUCUUGAUGAGCUCCCAAGAACUGUAUUCAGUGCUCCUUGGCCAGCAUGGAAAUUCUAGAAGAAUCUAAAGGAGGGACAUCUUGUCCUGUUCCUCAGGUUAACACACUCUUUAAGAAUCAGGACAAUGUACAAUCUAGCUCCCUGCUGUGUGUGUACAUCUGGAAGGAGUGGAGACUUCAAACUGCUGGUACAAAGUUCACAAACUUGGUGAUUUUUCUCAAUAAUAAUAAGUCCUAAACAUAUUCAGAAGUCCUGUUGCUGAUCCUGGUUUUUGUGAGGAAGAUACACAUUUCCUUGUAACCAAAGUUGGGUUUUCCAUGAGAGCAAGGUCAUUUCUUCUGAGGAUUGGUGACUCUCCGGAGACCUCUCAAUCGACUAAGCAAUUCCGUGAUGAAGUCCUGCAAUAAGAAUUGGUUGAAGAAGGAUGUCAUAUUAAUUCCAGUGUUCACCAGCCCCAGGAGUACUAUGGUGUUUCCAUCAUUCCCACAUUCACCCUUGCAUUGAGCAGAAACCAGAAUUCUGACAUAUUUUGAGCAAACCUAUAUUUUAGCUUAGGAAAGGAGAGCUUGUGAUGGAUGAGAAAGGUCUAAAACCUCCUCCCCUUCCCCUAUCUCCCUUUGGAACAGCCAUGUUUACUUUCUCCUCAGGAGGUAGCCUGACCCUCUUCAUCCCAGAUACCUGUUUUUCCCACUGUGAGAUGACCUCAGGAUGCUGUUGUUCUCUUUUAGGUUACACUGUUUCCUGUUGCCACCAUAACCUCCUGCCCACUUCUAUUGCCCUCCCAAUCUAGGGCAAAGCAAGCUGUCCCUCUUGUUGAACCAGUAAAGCUCCAUGUUGUGAAUUGCAAACCAUCCUGGAGCUGUGCCAGUUCUACAAGGAAGUGGCUGGCAGAGAAGAGGUGGAGCAAAACAUGUAGGACUAAUGAUAACGUUGAGCAGGGGUUGAGGACAGGCAGAGCAGAUAGAUGAGCAGUUAAAGGAGACAAACCCUGACUACUUUGCUGACACAGCCAAGGACUAUGAACUAAACUGGCCUAUCUGGUUAUUCCAAGCAGAAGGCAAUGUGACUGGUGCAAACUUUACCCUCUGCAUGGCAAGUAACAUCACCAUAAAGGAGUGUGCAGCCUUUCUUACCUAAAAACGUAGCUGCAUGUUCUUGUAAUUAGGCAAGAUCACUGGAAGUAUGGCAGCUUGUUACUAUUUGUGCUGUGUGGAAACCUAAAGUACUCACUUGGGUGAUCAGAGGUUGCCAUAAUAUGCUCUGGAAGUAAAUGCCUGGUAUCAUA